AUGGCACGAAGCCGUGUGGGGUUGUUGGGAGCAUCUGGAGAGACGGGAAGCUCUAUAUUGGAUGGAUUAAUCGAAGAUGGAGGGUUUGAAAUCAUUGCACUUGCACGUCCAACGUCCUUAUCAAGCCCGGCCAACGUCGCGAUCAGAGAGAAAGGUGUAGAGUUGCGUGCUCUGGAUCUGAGCUCUUCUGAAGACUCUAUCGUCGAUGCGCUUGCCGGCAUCGAUAUCCUGAUAUCCGCCAUCGGGCCCCGAGCCCAGUUGACGCAGGUUCCACUUGCUUUCGCGGCAAAGAAGGCCGGAAUCAAACGCUUCGUCCCGUGCGCCUGGGCGCCCAUCGUUCCCGUUGGGGUCCACAGGUCAAGAGACCAGAAAGAAGAGGUCUUCAACCUCGUCAAACGCCUCCACGUUCCUUAUACCAUUAUUGACAUUGGCUGGUGGUAUCAAUUCACGUUGCCAAAGCUUCCGUCUGGGAAAAUUGACUACGCCCUGACUAUACCAAUGAAGACCAUUCCCGGCGAUGGUCAUGUGCUUACAGCCUUGACCGAUGUGAGAGACGUCGGUAAGUAUGUGGCGCAGGUUAUCAAGGAUGAGCGGACGCUCAAUGCGAUGGUGUUUGUCUACAACGAACUGUGGUCGAUGAAUCGUGUCUACGACCUGCUCGAAAAAAAGUCCGGCGAGUCCGUCCGUCGAGAAUUCACCAGCGCGCAGGAGUUCGAGCAGCAGAUUACCGAUGCGGACAUCCGGCUCAAUAAAGACCAGGAGGACGUGGCCGCUAGACAACAGAAAGUCUUUGCUCAGUAUUAUCUGUCUACCUUUAUACGCGGGGAAAACACCCCCGAAUUCGCCAGAUACCUGGGUUACCUAGACGGGAAGCAGCUGUAUCCAGAUGUCAAGUUCAACACUUUCGAGAGCUACGUUGAAGAAGUGCUCAACGGCACGGGAAAAGCUGCGUACCAAGAUCGCUGA